UUUUCUCAGCGCUUUCAAUUUCAAAAGGGGGCGCUGCUAGUUACUUCCGUUGGAGAAAAAAAUCUCAAAGGCAGGUACCUGAAGCUGUGAGCUGAUAAUGGCGGAGGGAAAGGGGGAGAAAAUCCCAAUGCUGGAGAACAAAGAGUCUGAUCCAGAUGACACAUUAAAUGUGACAGCAGAUACAUCUGAAGACAGCCCCUUGACCAGCAAUGAAGUGAUGCAGUCAUCGCAGACAAACGGUGGAGGUAAAUCAGCCGGUGUGAGCGUACCGGGGGAGAUGGAUGAUGACCAUGAGGAUGCAGACAUCCAAGACAAAAAACCCAGUUUUUCAGUUGACCAAGAAGUGAUGGGCCGUAACAUGUUUUUCAAGAAGAGCAAAAAGAGGAUUGACUACAUCCUGGCGUGGAGCACAGAGGGAAAACCAGAGAAACUGGCACAGUCCGCACAGGCCAGGGCGAUAUUCGAGGAAAACCUGAAACAGGAGGGCUUAGAGUUGGAAAAGGAUGAAAAAGAGGGAGAAGAAAUCCACUAUCUGAAGGUGCACGCUCCGUAUGAAGUUCUGACCCGUUAUGCCGAAAUCCUGAAAGUCCGCAUGCCAGUGAAAAAGAGCAUGGACUUGGAAAAGAUUCACGAGAAGUACGCCAAACUCGAGAAAAUCCUUAUAAAGAGCGGGGUCAACGAGUUUCGUCGCCGCGUGGUGACCCCAAUUAAGGCUGUCAGUACCCGCCUGUGGGACACCAUGACCUCAUUUACAAAGAAACUGUUUACCCCUUUCCAAGUGGACACCACGAAAGUUAAGCCAGUAAAAAGGAGGUUCAACCUGGCUUACAGCAGAGACAAGGAAUAUCUGUUUGACAUACCUGAGGAUAGGGACACGUACUUCGAUAAUGCUACACGGAGCCGCAUUGUCAACUUCAUCCUGAGACGUAAGGCUUUCAGCAAGGAGAAAGAAAAGGCAUUCUCUUUCGGUAUUAACAAGAUGAUUGCAGAUGGACAUUACACAGAUGCUUACCCCCUCCAUGAGGGUCAUUGGAAGCCUGGGUCAGCUGACAAUGAAAGGAAGUUACUGUUUGAUUACUGGGCGAACUGGAGAAACUGCUUCAAAGUGCAGCCACUGGACCAUGUCAGAGGCUACUUUGGAGAGAAGAUUGCUAUAUACUUUGCCUGGCUCGGUUUCUACACACAGAUGUUGAUACCAGCUUCCCUCAUCGGGCUGAUCGUGUUUAUCUACGGUUGUGCAAUAUCUGGCAACAGUUAUCCAGCGAAUGAGAUUUGUGAUGAGAGUAAGAAUUUCACGAUGUGUCCCCUAUGUGAUUACCAGUGUCCAUACUGGAAGCUGAGUGCAGCCUGCUCACAUGCUCGAGCGAGCAGGAUAUUUGACAAUGGUGCCACUGUGUUCUUUGCCAUCUUCAUGUCAUUUUGGGGUACUUUGUUCCUGGAGUUCUGGAAGAGGAAACAGGCAGCCUUACAGUUUAAGUGGGAUCUGACUGACUUUGUUACAGAGGAGCAACCUCCGAGACCAGAAUUCCUUGCCAAACUUGAACAUAUUACGACUUACAAAGAACAUCCCAUUACAGGGAUAAAAGAGCCACAUCUUCCUUUCUGGAGAAAAAGAUUUCCUAUCUACCUCAUGUCCUGGACUGCCAUGUUGUUUCUUGCCUUCCUGGCUAUAGUGGCAGUUGUGGGGGUGAUAGCCUACCGUAUCUCCACCCUGGCCGCCCUGCAGGUCCUCACUAAGAACACCCCAGUCACCAACUCCACGUUCAUUGCAUCCACAGCGGAGGUCAUCUAUCAGAACGCCAGUCUGGUCACCACGGUUACCGCGGCCUGUAUCAAUCUCCUCAUCAUCAUUAUACUCAACUUUAUUUACAGUCGCCUGGCUUUCUGGCUGACUGACUUAGAGUGCUUGCGUACUCAGAAGGAGUACGACGACAGUAUCACCCUCAAACUGUUCUCUCUACAGUUCGUCAACUACUACUCCUCCAUUAUCUAUAUCGCAUUCUUCAAAGGGAGAAUGGUUGGACGUCCAGGAAAAUACGCCACUUUAUUUGGAGGUCGCCAAGAAGAGUGUGAGGCAGGAGGAUGUCUGAUUGAGCUAUGUAUUCAGUUGGCUAUCAUCAUGACAGGAAAACAGCUGAUUGUCAACAACAUUGUAGAGAUUCUUAUACCGAAGUUGAUAAAGUGGAUAAAGAGGAAGAUCUGGGCUGAGACCAAGGAGCAGAAGAUGAACAAGUCUCCGUGGGAGAAGGACUACAGACUACAGCCGGCAGACACCACCUCACUGUUCUACGAGUAUCUGGAAAUGAUACUGCAGUUUGGGUUUUUGACCCUCUUUGUGGCAGCCUUCCCCCUGGGACCUCUCUUUGCCCUGAUUAACAACAUACUGGAGAUCCGAUUUGAUGCUGUCAAAUUCACCACCCAGCUCAGGAGGCCAAUGGCAGAGAGGAUUCCAGACAUAGGAAUCUGGUACAGUGUUUUAUAUGGAAUCUCUAGGAUUGCCAUUAUUUCAAAUGCUUUCAUCAUUGCCUUGACGUCAGAUUUCAUCCCUCGUCUUGUGUAUGAGACAUCAUAUAGUAAGACAGGUGGUCUGGAGGGCUACAUAAGUCAAACACUUUCUGUGUUCAACACCUCAGAUUUUAGCGAAUCUCAUCGCCCAGCCUUUCCUGGCAGUGAAAAUGUCGAAACUUGCUUCUACCGAGAUUUUCGGAAUCCCCCUGAUGCUGACAAACCUUACGAAUACUCACAAAUGUACUGGCAUAUCCUGGCCGCCAGGUUCGCUUUUGUGGUGGCAUUUGAGAAUGUCAUUGUGGUAAUAACCGGCCUGAUAGCUUGGUUAAUACCCGACGUCCCGGAGAAACUCAAGUUACACAUUCGCAGGGAAGCGUACAUGAGUAACGAAAUCAUCAUCAAGACGGAGCUCCUCCGAGCGAAAGGGGAACCCAUCACCGAGGGUGAAAUCGAGAAGAUCAUCGAGGAUGAAAAUCAGCGAUAUAAAACAAACGAAAUGGGAAGCAUGGAACUGGUGCAUCGGAAAUCAGCAUCACCAGAGGCAGAGAAUAGUAAUGUUGUCUAGCGAAAUAUUUGUCUUAGGCUAAUUUUCUUAUGUGUGUAAUAAACAUUGGCAAUGCAUUAUUGUUUUUUAGAGCUGAUCUGAAUGAAAGAUAUAAGUUUAUGGAAGAGAUCUUGAGCUAGUUUCGUUAUUUGAUGGUGACUUUAUGAAGAAAAAAGUGUGCUCAUUUUUUAAGAUAAGGUUGUAUGUUUACAUUUAAAUGCAGCAUUUUUACCCUUUUGUUAGUCUAAGAAUUUCUUUUCAAAGCAUUUUCCUUACAUCUUAUAUAAAUUUCCUUUCAUUCAAAUUAUAUUGAAUUUCUAAUAAUCUUAUCCCAAAUGAGUCCUUAUUUCAAGUGCUAAUUGGGUCAUAUAUAUAAUUAUAAUUAAGCCUCAAUAUCUCAAUCUCAGUGAGAUGAACAAAUACCUUUGAGAUAUCCGAGUAUUCAAGACAAUGCGGUUCAAGGGUAUCCCAUGUUAAUCAUACCAAAACCUUACCCCACAUAGUCUUUCUAUUUAUCUACAUGUAUUACUGUUAGUUAACAUGUAUAAUACUGAUUUCAUCUAGUUUUUCUAAUGCUCUGUACACAAGGAAUCGUGUUUCAUUAUCAUUUUUGAUGAACUAUGGUUUUAAACCUUGAA